AUGUCUCACACGGCCAGUCUCAUACGGCCAGAGGCUGUGGCGUUAACGUUAUCUUCUUCGAAAGCUAGAGUUAAGAAUGUUCAGAACGCGGCGUUCCGCUCAGCCGUAUUCAGCCACAGCUUGUCUGGAGUAAACCUCCAGCGAAUCUCGGUUGUCCUCUACACCGUAUUCCCUCUCAAUCGCUACUGCAAAAUGUCAGACCUCUCCCAUCUCCGCGAACAACUCAUCGGCUCCUGGAAACUGGUGAAGUUUGUCUCCGAGCCGGUAAACGGGACGGAACCAUGCAAUUAUUUCCCCUUUGCCAGAGGAGCCCAGGGAUUCAUCAUCUACACCAGCGACGGACAUAUGCCCGUGCAUCUCAUGCGGCCCGGGGCACCACGUUGUACCUCUGCUGGAUUUCUUGAAGGGUCGAAAGACAAACUGGCCCUUUCAAUGAAGCACUAUCUCGCAUACGCCGGACGAUUUGAUGUUAGGGAAACAGACGGAGGCGCGCUCCUCAGACAUCACAUACUGGUUUCGUCGUAUCCUGACUGGCUUGGGACCGUUCAGGAGCGAAGAGCCUUGCUUGAGGGGGAUGUACUGAGGUUAGAAACUGUUAAUAUCCUGGAAAAGGAGGGUUUUCAGCAGCGUUGGGUUUUGACUUGGAAAAAGACGGAUGGCCUUGAUGACUUGAUGUAA